AUGAUCCCCUCUGUUCAUUCCCCUAUAAAUAACUUCGUAACAGAUCUUGGAUCAAUGAUGAGAGGCUUAGACGUUGUAUUAGUGGUGCUCCUUGCGGGCAAAGCGGAAAAUGCCCUUGCUGGUGGUGACGAGCUGCGGCCAGGAUUACAAGAGGAACAGGCUCCUGGUGCUGUCCAAGCUCAAGGCGGUAGUCCACGGUCUGACGAAGCGUACGGUGAUCCUGAGCGGAAGGACUCUAUUAUUAGGGAUGUUGACAAAGCAGUGUGUAGUCAAUAUGUCGAGUUCAGCAAGGCGGUAGCUGCAAAGAUAGAAGUAUAUAUUGAGGUAUAUGGUGAAGUCAGUGCAACGCUGGUUAGCGACGACGAGGAUUGUAGGAUCACGAAAGAGGCAUUGCAACUUUUACUAAUAAUAGAAUCAAUGAUAGAACCGACAUUCCCCAGUAAUCUAUGUUACGUUUAUUACGAUCCUGAGGACGAACAAUCGGAUGCAAAUAUUGCUGAACAAUCGGAUGCAGAAAUUGCUGAACAUCUUUGGGAUGAUGGUUCCGUAUCAGGCCUGCUACAGGUCGCAUUAAAAAAAGUCGACCUGAACCUGAAAUAUGGAUGCGUUGAGCGCAAUGGACAUGCACUCUGCGUGUUCGCACCCCCUGACGAUCAAGUGGACAGCCUUGUAGCAGAAGCGAAACAACGUGCAGAAGAGUUGAAGAAGAAAAAUUUGAUGUCAUGGCCUGUGGAAGGUGCUUAUUAG